AUUUCUUUGAAUUCAUGACCAUACUGAUUGAUUUCAUUUGAUCAAUGACAUACUUGAUUCAUCUCAAUGAAUGCGUGCGCACAGGCAAUAAACAGAGAUCGUUAUCAUUGUAGAAGAUCUUGUGCAACAGAAUAUGAGCUGAUGUGACUACAAGUUCGGGAUCUCACUAUAAGAAUAUGAUUUAAUUGUCUCGUAAGAAAAAAAAAAUAAGACGUUUUUCUUUAUCGCUCCUUCCUUUUUUUCUCUUUACUAUGAUGGACAAACAUACAAAAGAUCCUGUCUAUGACAAUGAGUCUGUUACUACCAAGCGAACCAUCCAUCGAGGUAGUCGAAAAUCGUUGUAUAUGGCAGGUAUCAUUGCCGCAGGUGGUGGUUUUGUCGUUGGUUUUGAUACUGGCGCAGUCUCGGGUACAAUGGUACUUCAACCUUUUAUGGAUCGCUUUCUGAAUGUGGAUGCCACUUAUCGUUCUGCUCUUUUGGUUGCCAUGAUGUUACUUACUGCAACCAUUGGUGGUCUAUGGUCUGGCAGCAUUUGUGAUUGGAUCGGUCGAAAGAAUACUAUCUUACUGGGCACAGGCGUUUUUGCCCUCGGUGCACUUUUUGAAACCAUCGGCUAUAACUUUGGUUUACUUAUGGCAGGUCGUCUCUUGGUUGGUUUUGGUGAAGGUUUCCUGACAAACGCCAUUCCUUUGUAUCAUACUGAAAUUGCUCCACCUGAUAUCCGUGGUCGUUUAAUUACGUUGUUUAGUGCCAUGUCUUCCAUUGGCACCAUUGCUGGCUUCUUUGUCAAUUUUGGUACUUCUUAUCUUACUUCUGACUGGGCAUGGCGUGCACCCUUUUUGAUCCAAGUAGGUGUCUGUGUAUUCUUGAUGUUGGCCUACUUUUUGCCUUACUCUCCUCGUUGGUUAAUUGACAAGGGACGUAAAGAAGAAGCUUUGCAAGUUCUCGCUAAACUCCAUGAAUCCACUGUGGAUGAUCCUGAUGUGCGCAACGAGUACUUGUGCAUUUGUGAAGAAAUUGAACAAGAACAUGCUUAUGGUAAUCGUACCUUCAUUGAAUGUUUCCGUGGUACAAAUCUCAAGCGUACUUUGUUUGCUCUUUUUACUGGUAAUGGCGCUGCUUUCACAGGCACGUAUUCCAUUACUUACUACGCUCCUCAAAUCUUUCAGCAAGCUGGCUUGAGCGAUACUGGUAUCUCUUUAGUAGCAAGUGGUACAAGUAAUAUUCUUGUAUUGAUUGUCACUAUAGUCACUCUGAUGGUUAUUGACAAGUUGGGUCGUCGUGGUGUGUUUGCUUCAGGUGCAUUCAUCAUGGGUGCUUCCAUGUACAUUGUUGGUGGUCUAUUCCAAGGCUACAAUGUUGAAGAUGAUGAAGGCAAUGUGUAUCUGUCCAGUACCAAUGCACGUAACACGGCUAUUGCCUUUAUCUAUAUUUUCCAAGCUGCUUAUGCUUACAGCUGGGGCCCUGUUGCCUACAUCUAUCCUGCAGAAAUUUCCAACAUGCGUACACGUGCUAAAACAAUUGCUCUUGCCUAUGGUCUCAAUUGGGCUAUUGGUAUUUUCAUGACCUUUAUCCUGCCUAUCUUCAUGACAAACACAAUCUAUGGUGGUUACUACUUUUUUGGUGCUUGUUGUACUGUUCUCUUUUUAGGCAGUUUCUUUUUGGUUGAGACGAAAGGAAAGACAUUGGAAGAGAUUGAUCGCAUUUUCAAUCCUAUUCAAGAUGACGGUAUACCUUCAAACACAAACACAAACUAACUCUCUCUCUCUUUAAUAAAUCCUUAUGGCUGGGCCUCUUGCGCGUCGUCUCUGGUCCUCCUUCUUCCCCUGGGGUCCAAGGUUUUAGAAGAAGAAGGGGACUAUGCGUUGGCAUUGGCUUCUUUUGUUUUCUCUUUUGUACAAAAAGGACAAUCGAGGGGUGCUGGCCUUGUAAAAAAAGGCCGGCUGAGAUCAGACCCUUAUGAGCGGAUCAUGUUAAUGCAUGCGUCGCCACGAAUUCCCAUUUGUACUUUUUUUUUUGCCAAUCCUUUUUUUUUUUGCCAAUCCUUUUUUUUUUUUGCCAAUCCUUUU